ACGUCACGGCGGCCAUUACACAGUACAGGACAGCCUGGGAAAGCUGCGAGCCCGGUCUCCUGACGUAGCCGGUCAAAGCACUUCAAGCACGGGUCAUUGGUUUGCUUUCAUCUGGUAUCCCUACUUCUUUUAUAAACUCUUUCGGGGGCGUACUAGGUGACGGUUUGAUUGCCGCCCCCAUCUUACUUGCUGCUUAUUUUUCCAUUCAUCACACACUUCUCUCUUUGGAGGGCCCCCCGGUGCCCAGUCACCGGCUACCUGAUCUGUCAAAAUGGACGAGAAGGUGUUUACAAAGGAACUAGAUCAGUGGAUCGAACAGCUCAAUGAGUGCAAACAACUAACGGAGAGUCAAGUCAAGACCCUGUGCGAAAAGGCAAAAGAAAUAUUAACAAAAGAAUCAAAUGUUCAAGAAGUGCGAUGCCCGGUCACAGUCUGUGGUGAUGUCCAUGGACAAUUUCAUGAUCUCAUGGAAUUGUUCAGAAUUGGCGGUAAAUCGCCUGAUACAAACUAUUUGUUUAUGGGAGACUACGUCGACAGAGGUUAUUACUCAGUGGAAACCGUAACACUACUUGUAGCUCUUAAAGUACGCUAUCGUGAACGUAUCACAAUCUUAAGAGGCAACCAUGAAAGUAGACAAAUUACACAAGUAUAUGGUUUUUAUGAUGAAUGCCUAAGAAAAUAUGGAAAUGCAAACGUCUGGAAGUAUUUCACCGACCUUUUCGAUUACUUACCCUUAACAGCAUUAGUGGAUGGUCAGAUCUUCUGUUUACAUGGUGGGCUUUCACCAUCCAUAGAUACACUAGACCACAUCAGAGCUCUUGAUCGUCUGCAAGAAGUCCCACAUGAGGGUCCAAUGUGUGACUUGUUGUGGUCAGAUCCUGAUGACCGUGGUGGCUGGGGCAUUUCUCCUCGAGGUGCUGGUUAUACUUUUGGCCAAGACAUCUCUGAAACUUUCAACCAUGCCAAUGGCCUUACCUUGGUUUCAAGAGCCCAUCAGCUGGUGAUGGAGGGAUACAAUUGGUGCCAUGACAGGAAUGUAGUUACAAUAUUUAGUGCGCCAAACUAUUGUUACCGAUGCGGAAAUCAGGCUGCAAUAAUGGAACUUGAUGACACUUUAAAAUAUUCCUUCUUGCAGUUUGAUCCAGCACCUCGUAGAGGAGAACCACAUGUGACUCGUCGUACCCCUGACUACUUCCUUUAAAGUGAAUUUUACACUUGUACAGUAUUGCCACAAACAGGACUUUAACCUGAAAACCGGGAAGAGCAGCAGUAACUUCAGUGUCAGGAGAGAACAUGUUCACACAUACUUGUUCUCAAAUGGACCAAAAGAUGUGCCAUAUAAAAUGCAAAGCUUCGUCUCAACAGCUGUGACGACAUUAGAUAGACCCUGUCCAAUGCAUGCUGAAGUGACAGUCUGUCAAAAUCUCCGUUUUCUGGCAUAGCACUACUUGUAGUUACUUUUGCUUUCUCGGAGGGACUUCAGAAACAUAAAAUGUAGACAUUAACACCUCAUGAAAACAAUUAACUUUCCAUUUAGCUAUAGCUUUACUCGGCAUGAUUGUAGAUAAAGAUAGAAACAGUCCGAAAGAUUAAGCCCUUCACUUCUACUGGGGGCCACAUGUUGCUGACUUCUUGAGUGCAAAGGGGUUAAUGGACUUUUUAAAGAACGGAUUACAUGGCCUCAGCCACCUCCUGUGACUUCAGAAAUGUGUUUAUUUUUCAGGGAAUACAGUAAUUUAAUUCUUUUGGUUUCCGUCUGCACUUUUUCUUUUUUUUUUUUUUCCUUGUUCCCUUCUUACCUUUAAGUUGUUCUUGUCUAAAAAUAGUGUCAACCAAAUUGGUUUCUGUAUGACAUUGCUAUGGCAAAACACAGCCAUAGCUACAUUCUUUUUUUUUUUUUUCUUUUUCUUUUUUUUUUUUCAUAAUAAACUUGUGAACGAAGUCCUUAGAAAUGUGAAAUUUAAUUGUUCUGCAAAUGUUGACCACAACAUAUGAGAACUGCACUGAGGUGGUUUGUAGAACUGUAUAAACAUCCGGAAACCAAUAAAGAUUUAAGACCAUUA